UGGACGAGAACGGCACUUCUUGCAGUCAGUCGUAGUAGUGCAGCCGAGCUGGGCUAGCCGGUAACGGAGUCCAGUGCAUUCUUAAAAAAUAAAUAUAAAAACGAAGGAAGCCUUUUAAUUCUACGACUCAUCAAGUUUGAACGGUAUUGAAGCCGCUGUUUUUUUCAUUCAGAUCGGUAGAUACUCCAUCUUCGGGACGGUCCCUAUCUCCAUCCCUUCCUUUUUUCCCUUUCUCUUUAUCUCUCUUGCGCUCUCUCUCUCUCAGCCUCCUUCGCCUCUCACAGUUGCAGAAAAUUCGCUAUGCAGCCCGGUGCUGCACCUCAAUGAACCUAAUUGGUGCACUGUGAGCGGCCAUCAUAAAUCUGGAGGGUUUUCAUCGUCCGCGGGUUGCUUAUGAAUUUGCCUAGGCAGGCCCUUUUACGGAGUUGAAUUCAUAGGUUGGAAAAAUGGAGAAAAUGGCACAAAACCUAGUUCUGUUUUUAUUGUGGCUUUCGGGCAGAUCACUCGCGGGAUUUCCAAACCAGAUUAAUAUAGGUGGUUUGUUCAUGCGUUCUACGGUGCAGGAGCACAGUGCGUUCAGGUUCGCCGUUCAGCUCUACAACACCAACCAGAACACAACCGAGAAACCUUUCCAUCUCAACUACAACGUAGACAACCUCGAGUCAUCCAACAGCUUCUCAGUCACCCAUGCGUUCUGCUCUCAGUUCUCCAGAGGGGUCUACGCCAUCUUCGGCUUCUAUGACAAGAAGUCCAUGAACACCCUAACGUCGUUCUGCGGGGCGCUGCACACCUCCUUCGUCACGCCCAGCUACCCCACGGACAACGAAGUGCAGUUCGUCAUCCAGAUGAGGCCUGCCCUCCGCGGGGCUGUCCUCAGCCUGCUGUCCCACUACAAGUGGCAGAAGUUUGUCUACCUGUAUGACACCGACAGAGGUUUCUCUAUCCUUCAGGCCAUCAUGGAAUCAGCGGUGUCUAACAACUGGCAGGUGACAGCCCGGUCUGUGGGGAGCAUCACGGACGCAGCGGAGUUCAGACGCAUCAUGGAGGAGAUGGACAGGAGGCAGGAGAAACGUUACGUCAUUGACUGUGAGGUGAACAGGAUCAACACCAUCCUUGAACAGGUGGUGACGCUGGGGAAGAACACUCAUGGGUACCACUACGUCAUCUCCAACCUGGGUUUCUCCAACGUGAGUUUGGACAAGGUCUUCCAAGGCGGUGCCAACAUAUCGGGCUUCCAGAUAGUGAGCCCCGAGAACCCCAUCGUUCAGCAGUUCCUACAGCGAUGGGAGAGACUGGAUGAAAGGGAAUUCCCAGAGGCCAGGAACACCCCGCUCAAGUACACGUCGGCCCUGACCCACGAUGCCAUCCUGGUGAUCGCGGAGGCCUUCCGGUACCUUCGGCGCCAGCGGGUGGACGUCUCGCGGCGAGGCGGCGCGGGGGACUGUCUGGCCAACCCCGCCGUGCCAUGGAGCCAAGGCAUAGACAUCGAGAGGGCUCUCAAAAUGGUCCAGGUGCAAGGAAUGACCGGGAACAUCCAGUUUGACAGCUACGGCCGGAGGUCUAAUUACACCAUCGACGUGUACGAGAUGAGAAUGGGGGGACCGAAAAAGAUCGGGUACUGGAACGAGUAUGAGCGCUUUGUAAAUGUGUUAGAACAGCAGGCGGUGGCCAACGAGUCCUCUUCCGUGGAAAACCGAACGAUUGUGGUCACUACUAUUAUGGAAGCUCCGUAUGUGAUGUUCAAGAAAAACCACAUGAAUCUGGAUGGGAAUGACAGAUAUGAAGGCUACUGUGUCGAUUUAGCUGCCGAAAUUGCAAAACAUGUGGGGAUAAGAUACAAACUGUCAGUAGUAGCCGACGGGAAGUACGGAGCAAGAGAUCCUGAAACCAAGACGUGGAAUGGGAUGGUGGGUGAACUGGUGUACGGGAGAGCUGAUAUAGCUGUGGCACCUUUGACCAUAACACUGGUCCGUGAGGAGGUGAUCGACUUCUCCAAGCCCUUCAUGUCUCUGGGCAUCUCCAUCAUGAUUAAGAAACCCCAGAAGUCCAAGCCCGGCGUCUUCUCCUUCCUGGACCCGCUGGCCUAUGAGAUCUGGAUGUGCAUCGUGUUCGCCUACAUCGGCGUUAGUGUGGUUCUGUUCCUGGUCAGCCGAUUCAGCCCGUACGAGUGGAACCUGGACGAACAGGAUGAAACCAAAGACCCGCAGACCCCGCCAGAUCCUCCCAAUGACUUUGGCAUCUUCAACUCUCUGUGGUUCUCUCUGGGAGCCUUCAUGCAGCAAGGAUGUGAUAUAUCACCCAGGUCCCUAUCAGGGAGAAUAGUAGGUGGCGUGUGGUGGUUUUUCACUCUCAUUAUAAUCUCCUCCUAUACGGCCAACCUGGCUGCCUUCCUCACAGUGGAGAGGAUGGUGUCCCCUAUAGAGAGCGCAGAGGAUCUGGCUAAACAGACUGAGAUCGCCUACGGAACACUGGACUCGGGUUCCACCAAAGAGUUCUUCAGGCGAUCCAAAAUAGCAGUCUAUGAGAAAAUGUGGUCUUACAUGAAAUCGGCCGAACCCUCAGUGUUUGCCAAGACCACGCCAGACGGGGUGGCCCGAGUACGAAAGUCCAAGGGCAAGUUUGCGUUCCUCCUCGAGUCCACCAUGAACGAGUACAUAGAGCAGCGGAAACCGUGUGACACCAUGAAAGUGGGCGGGAACCUGGACUCGAAGGGAUACGGUGUGGCCACACCCAAAGGCUCAGCAUUAAGAAAUGCUGUUAACCUGGCAGUGUUAAAACUGAAUGAGCAAGGCCUGUUGGACAAAUUGAAAAACAAAUGGUGGUACGACAAGGGCGAGUGCGGCAGCGGGGGCGGUGACUCCAAGGACAAGACAAGUGCUCUUAGUCUGAGCAAUGUGGCUGGAGUCUUCUAUAUUCUGGUCGGAGGACUGGGGCUGGCCAUGAUGGUUGCUCUGAUUGAGUUCUGCUACAAGUCACGGGCAGAAACCAAACGGCUCAAACUAGCAAAGAAUGCUGAGAAAUUUAAGCCAGCUCCCCCGACCAACACCCAGAACUUUGCCACAUACAGAGAAGGCUACAACGUGUAUGGGACAGAGAGUGUUAAGAUCUAAGGACGCUGGAGCUAGACUAGCUACGCUUCCCCUUACAAACGACUGUGACUAUCAACCCUAUGAUGAAAUGUGAGGACCACGACAGGAUUAUCUCAUCUGCAGCUAAAUCCUCCUGGCGGCCAUGUCAGCGAUAAUCUGCAAAGACAACACGACAGGACUGGUGAUGUGAAGAACUGAAUAUGGUUUCCUCCAGUGCCUUAUGUAUGGAACCCUCACUCAAUCACUGAGUUACUUAGAACAAUGCAACUCAUCACAAUGGUAUUGCUUUUUGCUUGAACUCACGGACUACUGAACAGACCGACGGAAAGGUCGAUGCUGUGAUCUGCUUUGAGAAACUUUAUUUGAGAUGCUGUGACGAAAUGUGAAGCGAUAAAGAACGAGAGCGACCUUAAGCCAUCACUUGCACCCCAAGCACAUUUUCCAAGUGCCGGACCGAAGAUGAAUACGAUAGGACAGGUGAUAAAUUGGUCUUUCUGCAAAGGGAAUUUGAUCAGAUUAUCCCAAUUCUUCUUGCAGACCAGGUUUUUGCUGGUUAAAUGUGUUUUGAAAUAAGUUUAUUUUAGGCACUGUAAGUCACUGAUUAUAAGAAGUUCAAAUUUUAUAUUGCUGUGACCAUGUAAUUGCUCUAAAAGACACAGUUGCAUCUUAUUGGAAUCCAUUGGUUAAAUAUGCCAUAGCCAAAACAACAUUGCAAUGUUUUUAUUCUUAAACAUGGUGCUCGUGAAGUCUGAGAGCAGGCUUUGACUGUGAGUCAGAAAUAGCACCCUAUUUCCUUUAUAGUGCACUACUUCUGACCAGAGCCCCUGGUCAAAACCUUAUACAGAAAAGGGUGCCAUUCUGGACACACAGAUUCAUGAAUUAGAUUAAUGUGAAAUGCAGCCUUUGGCUUAACAUGACUCAGUCAGGCUGUCAACGUCCCAGUAUACUGCCAACAGAUUCAACUGUGUAUUUUGGGGGAAUAAAGACAACUGUCGGAGCGAGUUCCACAGUCAGUAGGUGAGUGUAUUUUGUGGUGUGUCGAAUAUGAUGAGGAAUACUCACUCAAAGUAUCACUUUGAACCACAAUAUAAUUUUCUAUUCAUUCUUUAAAAAAAAAAACACCUGCAUAUUAAUGUAAACUAUUCAAGUCUUCUGUACUAUACAUUAAAACCAAACAAAGUGGGUAAUUCAAAAGUAGAUUAACUGCAAUCCAAACAGUAAUGGCUUUUUAACAGUAGUGUUUUGGAUUACCUUGGUAUUUUGUUGAACAAUUGCACAUUUUUAAAUGUGCUUUGGUUUGAUGAUUUGCGUUCAAUAUUAAUUUCAUUUUAUGAGCAUUAGUGUUUGGUAAAUUUGCUUAGUAAAUUAAAUUAAUGAAUAGUAUAAAUAAUUACAAUGAGAAAAUAGAUUUAUACAUGGUACUUACAGGGGGUGUCUUAAAAGCUUAGCACAUUUCCAUAUUGCUAUAACAAUUCCUUUUUUUCUUUUCAAAAAACGAAUUCCAUAGGAUUUAGGGAAGACAAUGAAAAUCACCUAAAACCAUGGAAAGUUUUGUAUAAAAAAAGCAAAAGAACUCUAAAAAAUUUAAGAAAUAGGAAACAAACCAUUGUAAAGGAGAUGUGUACAUUUAUUUAAAUGAAAUGUAUUUAUUAAGGCUACACAAAAAAUAAGAGUGAUUGGUUGCCCAGUUUUUUGGAGUAAAUUGCAUGUAAAACCAGUGAUGACUUAUAGCUCUGCUAACUUACAUCAGAUUUUAGGGCAGCAGUAGAAAUUCAACAUUGAUUAUUCUUCAGUUAUUUUCUUUUGUAAGUUCACCUCACAAGGAGACACUUAUUGCCAAGCAUCUUACUGACUACAAAAGAGCAAGAAUCUGCAUGCGUGCUUAUAAUUUACUGCUAUUCAUUAGUGAGGAGCUGUACAGAGAAUUUUAAUACAUUUUGUAAAUAAACGUGUAUGGAAACAACA